UCUAUCCACACUGCUUUAUUCCUUUGGAGAUUCCACGACUUUUCUGAUCCGCCCACAAAUUUUAUUUGUCUCAACUUCUGAUAGCAGCAGCACAAUGAUGAGGGAGCGGACAGCCGCAAUACGCUACAGGGGCGGACUGACGGAAAACAUCAGUUCGACAUAACGGAAAUAAUUAAUCAAAUCUACUGGCCCCCCCGUGCGCUUCGUGGGUUCGGGAAAAAGGAGCCGAAUAGGAAACUCCCAGAGAACUUCAAAUACUGCGAGAAUUGGGGGUUCACUAUUUACCGUACGUACUACGGCCCACACUCCGACCAGUACUGGAAUAUGCUCUUGGGAGCCCUGAAGCAACAAACUCUCCUGUCGCUUGGAUACUACGAAGAUAAUGAAGACGAGAUGGGCGACUUGGGAGACCUGGAAAUAGUCAAGAAGCAAUUCCAUCUUGAUCCUCGUGAGGACGCAUCACUCCUUGACGGCCUUGACGUUCACGGCAUUCGAGAACUAUGCACGAACGAGGACCCCUGUGAUAGGACCAUGGCGGCGCACCGGUAUCGCCACGUCCUCCUCGCUGACGAGUCCGUACUUAACGACAUUGCCAAUGGCGUGUCCAUCGUCAAGGCGGUGGCCUUCGAAUGGGAGGAGGGGGAUGAAAACUGGGGUUGGAUGCGGAUCCCGACAGGCUACCUGCUGGAGCUUUACCAUUCGCUUUGGAUUUGGGAAGAUCAUCAUUUUAGACCUCUGCGAUAUGACGGCUCAAAAGGGGAGGGUCUGGAAAGAUACAUUUGGUGUGGGGAAAGCUCAGCCUCCCCAACUAGCCAGUGCUCCGAAGUGAGGCCUCCUGGCAGGCACUAUGAGGCUCAACGCCCAAUGUUUGGUGUGCACAAACCGAACAUACUGAAGAGAAAGCAGCGCGACUAAAGAGCACCCAGGUGGUCGACGACGAUACGGAGGCCGCUGAGUUCGGCUUCCAAAGCGUCAACCGUUUCCAAUAUCAUCUUUGCAUCUUCG